UAAGAGGAGAUGUUCAGCAGGUCAUGCAGCGGGUCAGAGUCCUCAUUAACCUGCUGUGAUCCAGACUUAAUCACCGUCACCUGAUGAGCAAUUAGCAUCCGCCAUUUAACUAGCACACGGCGCAGACCCGCUCUUUCUUUUCAUUUGCUGUCCUAGAAACAGCCCGGAGAUUAUUUCUGUUUUUUGUUUUUGUUUCAAAAUGAGCAAAACCGAGAAACCUUUAUCCACUCUUUGGGGUUGUGAACUCAAUGAAUCUAAUAAAGAGGAGUCCUUCAAGACUGAUGACACCAACCAUCAGCACCAGCUGGCUCUGAGAACGAUGUGUCUCGGUCACACCGCCAAAGAUGAGUUCAAUAUUGUCGAGCUGGUCACCGGCGAGGGAAACAGUAACGCCAAGGCGGUUCCCAUAGCAACGCUUCACGCGAAAUCCAUGCCAACGGUUAACCUGUCUGGUUUGGAUCUUCAUCCACCGGUGACCUUUCGCCUGAAGCACGGCUCUGGUCCGGUGUUUGUCGGAGCGGAGCAUGUGGCCUUGGAGGAGUACUCUGACGAAGAAGAGCUGGACGAGGAGAUGGACGAGGAGGUGGAAGAAGAGGAGGAAGAUAUCGAAGAAUCGCCUGUUAAGAAAGUCACAAAAAACAGUGCUGGCAAAAGAAAGAAGCCAGAAAAGGGAGAAGAUGAGGAAGCAUCAGAUGGAGAAAAUCCUCCAAAAAAGGGUAAAGGAAGAGGACGGAAGGCGAAGGCGUGACCAGGCAAGAACUUUUAUACUAACAGAUGUCCCAAAUUGCAUGCUGUUCUUGUGCACUGUUCUACACCACUUCAUAGUUCGAAUAUUAAAAUG